AUGCAUGUCAUGUUGCUCUCUUGCUGUGUCCUGGUCCUGCUCCUGCCUUGUCCAUGUUCCCCGGCACCCACAUCCACGCCGCAGGACGAGAGCACCUCUGCAGCAGAACCACAGGUUGACUUGAAGCUGGCCACAGACUAUCUUCAGCGGUAUUACCAUCUGGAAAGAGAUCCUCUGGGGCGCAUGAAGCGGAGCGGAGCCUCCUUCACCUCCAAAGUGAAAGACAUGCAGAUUUUCUUUGGUCUCAAUGCAACGGGCAUAUUGGAUUCAGACACGCUGGGAGUGAUGGGGAGUCCGCGGUGCGGCGUUCCCGAUGUGGAGGAGUACAGUCACAUUCAGGGGACACGAUGGAAAAGGAACGUCAUCACAUACAGCGUUGGCAGGUACACCAGGGAUUUGACUCGCAGCACAGUCGACUCCCUGAUUGACUCAGCCUUCAGUGUGUGGGCCAGAGCCAGCGGUCUGACGUUCGUCAGAUUACACGGCCGCAACGCUGACAUCAUGGUGGAGUUUGUGACCUUUGUGCAUGGCGACUUGUAUCCCUUCGAUGGACCAAGAGGCACGCUGGCUCACGCUUUUGGGCCUGGGCUGGGCGUCGGAGGAGAUACGCAUUUUGACGACGAUGAGCGCUGGACAGCAGGAGAUGCAGGUUUUAAUCUGCGUGUGGUCGCAGCUCAUGAGUUCGGACAUGCGUUGGGCCUCAAGCAUUCUAAAAACCCAGAGUCACUGAUGUUUCCAAACUACAGAACGAAUCGACCAGCCAACCUGCUGUCCAGGGAAGAUAUAGCCAACAUUAGAGCCCUUUACAGUAAAUACCCGGUCCGAGUUCAGCUCACACCCUGGCUGCCCGGGUCGUUGUUCCCUCGGCUCAUGCAGGACAGAUGUGCUCCAGACAUGACGUUUGAUGCUGUGACUACUGUUGGGGAUGCAACCUUCUUUUUCAGAGAACGAUACCUCUGGAUCAAACAUAAAGAGCAGUACGACAUCAAAGAGGGACCCAUCUCCAACUUCAUGCCCAAGAUUGAAACAAGUAUCCACGCUGCCUUCUGGAUCCCUCGCAGAUCCACUGCUUACCUCAUUCACGAGUCAAUGUUCUGGACAGUGAAAGGCUCUCUGGUGAAGGGAAAGCCCAGAGCUCUCACCCACUUUGGAUUUCCUGCCUGGGUUCAAGAUGUUGACGCAGCGGUGCACAUAGUGAAAACAGCACGCACCCUCUUCUUUAUGCAUGACAUUUACUGGAGCUACAACGAAAACCGAAAGGUUAUGGAUUUUGGUUAUCCAAAGUACAUCAGUGAAGACUUUCCUGGAAUCAACACUACAGUCAAUGCAGCCUUUCACAAGGAGGGUUUCAUCUACUUCUUUGUGGGACCACAAGUCUACAAAUUCGACUACACCCAAAAGCAUGUUGUUGGGGUUGAGACAGCAAAUUCCUGGCUCGGCUGUUCAAAUACUGUAUGA